AUGAUGAUAUGGGCCAAAAUCCAACAUGGUGCUUGCGGAGUUGCCAGUCUUGCUUGGAUGAAGCCAUUUGACGACAGCUGCCAGUUUUGUCAGCUUGGUGUUGCGAACCCGAUCCCCAUGGACCCUUAAUCCGACGACAAACCACGAGGAUGGUUAGAACCCGUACAAUAUGUAAGCACUUCAUCAAAAAGUGUCAUGAAACCAUGAAACCCAAUCCUUCGGAACCAUUUCAUCACACGGACCAGUAAGAUUUGGGAUUAGAUGUGCUCUCUUAGCGAUCAGUCACCGGAGCAAAUCAGAUCAUGCCUUUAUCUAUCCCCCCAUUAUCGAACUACAAAAAUCAC